AUGAAGUGGGGAAUAAGAAGAAAAAAGAAACCAUCUUCCUCAUCACCUUCGUCAUCUCCUCCUUCCUCCAUAAUCUCCUGGUUUUCGAAGCUCGGGCGAAAAUCCGAAACGAGCUCGAAAAAGCCCGAACUCGACCGACAUUCAGGCUUUUUCUUCCCAACUCCAAACUCCAAUCUCAUCAAGAGGGAGAGGUUCUAUAGCAUGGAUGUCGAUGAUCCCUUUUGGCGGCUCUCGUUUAGCCACGAAAAAGUCCCGGCCCGAAAAAGCACGGGCGGCAUAACGGGCCUCGUCUGGCCCGAUCACGAUCAAGAUCACGAGCCCGUUUUUCGAAAAUCAGAAGAGUUUUGUAACUUCAACGACAUGGUUGGACUUGUAAAGCGGACGAAAGAGAGGGAAAAGAGCAAAGAGAGGAUGAAAGAAAGCAUUUUUUUCGACAAUCAUCCGAGUUCAAGAAAAUCGAGAGUCGAAGAUUUAUCGGAUUCGGUAGCUUCGAAUUUGCCGGAAAAAAAUCGGAUUGUCGGGCUCGACGAGGAUUGCGCGGCGAAUCACAAGACGUUACUAUCGGUUACGGAAUGGCGCCAUUUAGAAAAAAGCACGGAUUUUUCCAAGAAUUCAAGAAACUCAAGAGGGGUAGAGCGCGCGGUCGAAGCUUUUUCAGUAAAAUCGGUAGCUUCGAAUUCGAGAAUGCAAUCGAAAAAUCGGAUUUCCGGGCUCGACGAGGAUCAUGCCAAAUGGCGGCAUUUGGAGAAAAGCACCGAUUUUUUUUCCAAGGAAGUAAAACUCGGGCCAAAGGCGAAAGGCAGAGUAAACAGAGUAAAAGCAUACUCACCAAGAACAGAGUGCAAGAUUCGAGCACUCGAAGAAAUGAAGAGAGCAAGGAGUAAAAUGAAGAAGGAGGAGAAAAAAGGAAUGGAGGAGGGCAAAACCGUCUUUAACGACUUCGCGGUCGUGAAGAAUUCCUUCGACCCUCAAAGGGACUUUAUGGACUCGAUGAUCGAGAUGAUUAGGGAGAAGGGGAUUUGGCGGCCGGAGGAUCUUGAGGAGCUCUUGGCUUGUUAUUUGGCCCUCAACUCGGACGAGUAUCAUGGGAUCAUAAUCAAGGUGUUUCGGAAAGUAUGGUUCGAGCUGAAAGGUGUGGGGUGUUUCGAUUAUUAA